AGACUGCUCCAUCCUAGGUCAUAUACGAAGACAGAUAAGAUGGCGUCUGAGAAUAUCUCUGAGUCCCAAGAUGAGAAAUGCAUUCUUAUAAAGAAGAAUGCGUUUGAGGAAGCAUGCCAAGAGAUCGAAGAAUGCACAGAAAGCAAAAAACCAAAGCCCAAGUUGACGCUGUACCACUGGACGCAGUCAUUCAACUCCCAGAAGGUGCGUCUGGCCAUAGCGGAGAAGGGGCUGCUCUGCGAGGAGUAUGACGUGAGUCUGCCGCUCAGCGAGCACAACGAGCCGUGGUUCAUGCGCCUGAACCCAGCCGGGGAGGUGCCGGUCCUGGUGCACGGGGAGGAGGUCAUCUGCGACCCCACGCAGAUCAUGGACUACCUGGAACACAACUUCAAGGACGACGCAGACUGCCCCAGGCUGGUCCCCGAGGAGGGCAGCACCUACUACCACCGGGUGCAGCACUACCGCGAGCUGCUGGACUCCCUCCAGAUGGACGCCUACACCCACGGGUGCAUCCUGCACCCCGAGAUCACGGUGGACUCCCACAUCCCCACCUACGCAACCACGCGCAUCCGAGCACAGAUAGGGAACACAGAAUCCAAGCUGAAGCAGCUGGCGCUGGAGAACCCAGAGCUGAAGGAUGCGUACAUCGCAAAGCAGAGACGCUUAAAAUCCAAGCUGUUUGACCACGACAACAUGAAGUACCUGAAGAAGCUUCUGGAGGAGCUGGAGGGGGUGCUGGACCAGGUGGAGACGGAGCUACAGAGGAGGGCGGAGGAGACGCCAGAGGAAGGCGGCCAGGCGUGGCUGUGCGGAGACUUCUUCAGCGCGGCCGACGUCUCCCUCGCCGUCGCGCUGCACCGCCUCAAGUUCCUGGGCCUGUCGCGCCGCUACUGGGGCGACGGUAACCACGGCAACCUGGAGGCCUACUACGAGCGUGUUGUGGAGCGGCCGGCCUUCCGCCGGGUGCUGGGCAACGUCAACAACAUCCUGGUCUCCGCCGUGCUUCCCGUGGCGUUCCGCGUGGCCCGCAAGAACGCGCCCGCCCUGGUGGGCGCCACGCUGCUGCUGAGCCUUCUGGGAGGGGCGUCCUACCUGGCCUUCCUGUUCAUGAAGAGGAGACUGACUCUGUGAGGCGUCGGCGUGGCAACCCGCUCUUUGCCGUCGGCGACGGUGGUCGUCGGUGUGGUUGUUGUUGUUUGGGGGGCUUGGUGCGUGAGUGCGGCGGGUACGGGGGUAAUAUAUAAUGUAUAUAUCUGAUAUUGUCGUCCGAUACUGAUAUUGUAAAAUAGGCACAGAGUUAAAGGAUAUUAAUGUGGCAUGCGGUGUAAAGAGUUAUCUGAGUGUCGCUGUACUCACCAGCUGUCUACAGGGCCUGGCCGCUUGGUCGUUCAAAGCGCACUUUUUUAAGCCGUCCCCCCUUCCAGUUCAUGCAUUAAACCCCCUCCACAUAGACACAGUGGUAUUGAUAAUAGUGACUCUGUUUAAAUAGGCUUAUCAUUGCGAAAUGUCCAUAAAAUUCUACGAUGACAAUAUUAACCUUGGAGCUCAAAAUACCUGCUAAAUCACAGUCUGUUAGUGUCUGCCUGAUGUGAAGUCUGCAAGAAUAUAUUAGACCCUUAAGGAUGAUCCUGAAGUUAAACAUAACACGCUGUCAAAGUCUCUAUCCUACAUUACCCCUCUCUCAACUACCGAUGUAGUUGUACGAGCCUUCUUUCACCUUCACUUGGCCUUCUCUCCAGCUCAUACUGCUCUGAAAUUAAACAAAUCAUAAGAUAA